CAUGUUAGGCGUAUCACAAAUGAUGAGAUUUAUUUUCAUUAUCUUGGUCAUGCUAUUCAAAAUGAAUUGAUACUUUUGCUUGCCUCUCAAAUUAAGUCUGAAAUCAUACGGAAAAUUAAACAAGCAAAGUACUUUUCAGUGAUACUUGAUUGUACUCCAGACACUAGCCACCAAGAACAAAUGUCUUUAAUAUUGAGAUAUGUGGAUGUCUCUUCGAAUGAUGUUGGCAUUGAGGAAUCAUUUUUAGGCUUUUUGAAUGUUGAUGAUACAACUGGCCAAGGACUUUUUGAUGUUUUACAAGAUGAAUUAAAAAAAUUGAUUCUUGAUAUAGAUGAUGUAAGAGGUCAGGGAUAUGAUAA